AUGGCACCCAUCACAGUUGCUCUCAUAGGACUUUCGCAGUCCGCAAAGACAUCAUGGGCGAGUGAAGGCCAUCUCCCCUACCUCCUCUCCGACCGCGGCCGACAGAGAUACCAAAUCAAAGCCCUCCUCAACUCCAGCGUCGAAGCCGGAAAGAAAGCAAUAGAAUCCUACAAUCUCGGACCAGACACCAAAGCCUACGGUGCACCUCAAGACCUCGCCGCAGACCCAGACAUCGACCUCGUCGUCAACGCCACACGAGUAGAUGUGCAUUACGAUACGAUCAAGCCCAGCAUCGAAGCUGGCAAAGCCGUCUUCAUCGAGUACCCAGUCGCUGAGAACACGCAGCGGUCGAGGGAGCUGGCGGAUCUGGCGAAGCAGAAGGAUGUCCCUAACAUUGUGGGCUUGCAGGCGAGGGUGGCGCCGGCGGUGCUUAAAGUGAAGGAGAUUCUUGCAUCCGGAGAGAUCGGGAAAGUGUUGAGUAGUUCCGUCCAAGCCUAUUCACCCUUCAGCGGCCGAGACUCGAUUUCGGAGGGACUGGCCUAUUUCUUGGACAAGAAGGUUGGCGGCAAUCCUGUCAUUAUUGCUUUUGGUCAUAUGAUCGAUUUCGUCCAUUUCGUGCUGGGUGAAUACUCGAGCUCGCAUGCUCAUACGCAGAUUCAGCAUCCGAAGCAGACCGUCAUCAAUAAGGAGACUGGCGAGAAGCGGCCUUUCACUUCAGAUGUGCCUGACCUGGUCUCUUUGCAUGGGACGUUGGAGACGUCGCCGUAUGUCGAAGAAGGCGCUAGCUUGAUUGUAAACUUCCGGAAUGGGCCACCUUUUCCGGUUACGCUGCCCUUCGUUUGGACGAUCAACGGCGAGAAAGGAGAGAUCCGAAUUUCAAGCGAGAGGGGCCCAUUCCUUCAAAGCGAAGCCUCCGCCUACGAUAUCCCGAUCCAAGUGGAAGACUUCUCGACAGGCCAGGUGAGGGAUAUUGAAUGGCAUUGGGAGGAUUGGCAGGAGGCGCUACUGCCCCGGUCGAGGAACAUCGCCAGAUUGUACGAUCUGUAUGCUGCGGGUCGGUGGAAGGCCGAGUCACGCUGCACGUUGGAGUCGGCCGUGGUGCGCCACAAGCAGUUGGAUGCGAUCCUGUACCCUAAAGAGUCCUGA